UCAACUCUCCAAAUUGGCUCCCUCACUAGCCAAAUUUGGUUAGCCACCUUACUAGUGAAACUAGAUAGAUAAUCUGUUAGAAUGAAGAUGCUACAUAUAUAGUAUAAUACGUAUGAAAAGAUAAAUAGAGAGUCAAAUAGAUAGUCAAAAAUGAAGAUUCUCUUGGAGAUGCUCUUACAGGUGAAUUUUGGUGCGAAACAACUUGCCAAAUUUUGAACUUGGCAUCCCUUGUGCUGGAGAAGCUGUGUCUCGUCUACCAAAAGAAAAAGGAAAAAUGGCACAGUUCUCUUUGAAAAACAAAGGAAGAAAUGGCACAGUCGUCUCUUGCGCCCAAUGGCGUCCAGUCUGCUAAUCACCAUCUAAUUAACGAACAGAAGCACAGGUACGGGCAUCAUAUGCAUGAGCCACGGGCCCACCCCCAUGUUCUUCUCGCUUCCUCCCUUAAUUGCAGCCAGCCAGCCAGAGCUUGCUUGCACGCGCUCAGCUGCCUCGCCUCAGUCCUCCUCUCCGGCCGCUUGCUGUUGCUGCUCCCACCCAUCUCCUCAACCACCUGAGCUCCUCGCCCUCUCUGCCCUCUCUGGUCUUCAAUUCGUUCGAGCUGAACUCGAGGGCAACAAUUCGCUCCGAUCCAUUCCAUCCACCCCGUCGAUCCAUCCAGCGGCCCUCCUCUCCCAGUCCCAGUCCCAGAAAUGGGCAAGAACGGCCUGGUCUCCAUCUUCUCCCGGCUCGUGGACUCCGCCGCCCCCACCUCCACGUCCGCCGCCGCCACGCCGUGGCAGUGGUCGGCCUGCGGAACCAACCCGCAGACGACCUCCUUCCGCGCAGGCGCAGGCGGCGACGACGACGAGCCCUGCUGCACGGCGACGCCGCCCACGGCAGCAGCAGCAGCAGCCAGUCGAUCCGUCCACCGGAAGCCGGCUGCGAUGGGCCGCGGCGCGCCGCCCGGCGAAAUGUACAAGACGGUCAACUCGGUCUUCCUGGACGACCCCGCCGCGGACGACUUCUUCUUCUCCCUCGCCGGCGACGGCGACGACGAGGAGGAGGUGGCGGGGCUCUACCUCGACGACAACGACGACGACGACGGGUUCUCGACCACCACGGCGUCCGAGGAGUGGUCGGAGGAGGCCGUGAUCCGCAGCCUGGGCCGCACGUCCACCGACCGCUUCUUCUUCGACCCGCAGCCUGGCCCGCUGCCGGCGUCCAACUCCAUCCUCGCCACCACGGCCGCGGCCGCCGCCGAGACGCCGGCGAGGAAGAAGACGGUCCCGGUCCCAGUCCCAGUCCCAGGGCCGACAGAGGAGGAAGACGCAACGGCAACGCACGCGGACGAGGGCGACGGCGUCAAGAAGCAGCGGCAACCGACGACGGCGGCGGCGGCGGCGGCAGCGGUGUCGUCGUCUCUGGCGGAGCGCAGCGUGGCGGUGGCGGUGGACUCGGGCGACCCGUACGGCGACUUCCGGGCGUCCAUGGAGGAGAUGGUGUCGGCGCACGGGCUCCGCGACUGGGCGCAGCUGGAGGAGCUCCUGGCGUGGUACCUCCGGAUCAACGGGAAGCAGCACCACCACCUGAUCGUGGGCGCCUUCGUGGACCUGCUCCUCGGCCUGUCCACGUCCUCGCCCUCCUCCUCCUCCUCCCCUCCCUCCAGCACCGCCGCCGAGACCAGCACCACCACCACGAGCAGCACCAGCACCGGCUGCAGCUGAGCUGCAGCUGCACGGCCGCCGCCGCCGCCGCUACGACCACCAGCUGUGGCAGUGUCGCCGGCGACGCCGUCACAGCCUCCGCCGCCGCCGCCGCCUCCGGCCGACGUUCAGGUGCACGUGGUGGAGGAUGAGGAGGCAGCAUGCAAGCGCUGGCCCUGUACUGCUGGCAGCGACGACGGUGAUCGGUCGUGCCCGCAGUCCGCGCCACCACCAGUAGUGCUCCACCCACUGCGCGUGGCCUGUCGAUCGCUUGAGUAGAUGACCUGCUAAUCUCCAGACCUUUACCUCCUGGCUCCUGCAGCUGCUGAUGGUUAGUGUUCUAACGACAACAGGAUGAUUAAAUUAACUGGACGCUGUCACUAACACUCUCUCGCCAUGUAGUACAGGUGCGCGUAGCAAUAGUAGAGUUAGUAGUAGUAGGAGCAGUUGGUUGGUGCGGAUCGAAUCGAAGGAUCCAAUGCAAUGUACAAGUAACUGUACCUGUACGUGUAGUGUAGUGUAGGUAGAGGGUUUCUCUCGAGAGAGGGAGAGAAAAAAAAAUCAACGGUUUUUAUUUCCAGUACGGGUAUAAAUGUAUAAAGACCUUAAUUUCUACUCCUGCCA